GCAAUAAAAUACUCUGUAAUGUCCUGUGUUUUUAUUUUAAUACAAAUGUCACCUAACAACACUCGUCCAAUAUCAAACUUCGACCAUUCUCCUCUGCAACAACUUUAAUGGCGACCUUGUUCUUCUUCCUCAUCCUCUCUCUUUCCCUGUUCACAUCCCCGUCUUCAUCACAGCUCGAGGAAUUCACCUACACCGGCUUCCACCACCCCAAACCAAACCUAACUCUAAACGGCGCCGCACUGAUCCGCAAAUCCGGCGUUCUGCAACUCACCAACGAGACCAGCCGAUUAAAAGGCCACGCAUUCUACCCAUCACCGAUUCAAUUCAAAAAUUCAACCGCAAAAAACGUCUCCUCCUUCUCGACGUGCUUCGCCUUCUCCAUCCACCCAGAGUACCCCAAACUCGGCGGCCACGGCUUCGCCUUCACGUUCGCGCCGGACGACCAGCUCAGCUCGUCUCUCCCCAGCCAGUACCUCGGCCUGCUCAACUCCUCCGACGCCGGCAACUUCUCCAACCACAUCUUCGCCGUCGAGUUCGACACCGUUCAGGAUUUCGAAUUCGGCGACAUCAACGACAACCACAUCGGCAUCGACGUCAACAGCUUGGCAUCCAACGCCUCCGCCUCCGCCGCCUACUUCACCGCCGAUUCGGUGAAGCACGAUCUCAAUCUCAAAGGCGGAACGCCUCUUUUCGCGUGGAUCGAAUACGAUUCCGCCGCGAAUCUCGUUAACGUGACUCUCUCGCCGGUGUCAUCAAAACCUAGAAUUCCGACUCUCUCUUUCCCGAUCGAUUUAUCUCCGAUUUUUCGAGAUCGAAUGUACGUCGGAUUCUCCGCUUCGACCGGUUUGCUCGCGAGCUCACAUUAUGUUUUAGGAUGGAGCUUCAAAAUUGGGGGAGAAUCCAAAUCCCUAGAUCUGGAUUCCUUGCCUUCUCCACCAGGAAUUAAGAAGAAAAACACCAAAUUAAUCGUAAGCCUAUCGAUCACGUCGUUUGUGUUGAUUUCAUCUUCAAUCCUGCUUGCUGUUUUCCUGUUUCGGAAAUUCAAAAAUCGCGAAAUAAUCGAAUCGUGGGAGCUGGAGAUCGUCCCACACAGAUACAAGUACAUUGAGCUCAAGAAAGCCACCAAAAAUUUCAAAGAGAGCGAGCUGCUCGGAAGCGGCGGUUUCGGCCGGGUUUACAAAGGCACGCUGCGAAACCCCAAAGCCGAAGUCGCCGUGAAGCGCGUGUCGCACGACUCGAAACAGGGGAUCCGCGAGUUCGUCUCGGAGAUAUCGAGCAUCGGUCGCCUCCGCCACCGCAACCUAGUGCAGCUGCAGGGCUGGUGCAGGCGCGGAGGCGAUCUUUUACUAGUGUAUGAUUUCAUGCCUAAUGGCAGCUUAGAUAGGUAUCUAUUUGACACACCAAAAUGCAUAUUGAGUUGGGAGCAGAGGUUCAAGAUCAUCAAGGGCGUUGCGUCAGGCCUUCUCUACUUGCACCAAGGCUACGAGCAAAUCGUGCUGCACCGCGACGUCAAGGCCAGCAACGUCCUGCUCGACUCCGAGAUGAACCCCCGCCUCGGCGACUUCGGGCUCGCCAAGCUGUACGAUCACGGCUCGAACCCGGGGACCACCCGCGUAGUCGGGACGCUGGGGUACCUCGCUCCGGAGCUGCCGCGGACGGGGAGGUCCACGACGAGCUCGGACGUGUACGCGUUCGGGGCGCUGAUGCUGGAGGUGGCGUGCGGGAGGAGGCCGAUCGAGUCGAGGUCGGGGCCGGACGAGCUAGUGCUGGUGGACUACGUGUGGAGCAAGUGGAAAGGAGGGGGGAUUGUUGAUGUGGUGGAUGAGAGGAUGAAGGGUGAGUUUGAGGAGAAGGAGGUUGUGAUGGUGUUGAAAUUGGGGCUGAUGUGCUCGAGUCACCAGCAAGCGGGGAGGCCGAGUAUGAGGCAAGUGGUGAGCUAUUUGGAGGGGGAGAUUGAGGUGCCCGAGGUGUGGAGGGCGCCGGGGGUUUGUGGCGACGACAGAGGGUUCGAGGAUUAUUUGAAUUCCUAUGCUUCUUCUUCCUUUGACAAAAGCACCAAUGGGGAUACAAGUUUAAUUAGUAUGUCCAUUUCUACUUCACCUAUUACAGUUAUUAGAGAGGCUAGAUAGUCUCUCUUUAUAAAUGCUCCUAUCAUACUUUGCAUGUCUUAAACAGUUUGGAGCAUUUUUCUUCAGGAACUAAGUUGAAUAAAAAUCAAAGAUAAGUGUUUGAAACUUGGAAUAGCAGUACUCUCCCCGUCCCACAAUAAGAGUCAUAUUUGGAGCAGUACAAGUUUUAAGAAAUGUAAAGAAUGGUGAGUUGAAAAAGUUAGUGGAAUAUGUGGUCUAUUUU